AUGGACUUUUCUGCUAGAUUUCAGUGCAUGAAAGAUAAGGAGGCACUUACUGCACAGUCAGCUGUCAUUGCUUCUUGUCUGCGUCUGCAAGAAAAUCACAGAGCCAGUCUAAGUUACUGGGAAAGAGAAAAUAUUAUGUUGUGCUUGGAAAGUGACACCUUUCAUAUCUUCUUCUACGAGGACAGGAACUUCCAAGGUCGCUGCUAUGACUGCAGCACAGAAUGUUCUGACUUGUCCUUUUACUUUAAUCGCUGCAACUCUAUCAGGGUGGAGAAUGGAAACUGGAUCCUAUAUGAGCACCCCAGUUACAGGGGACACCAGUAUUAUCUCUGGAAAGGAGAAUAUCCAGACUUUCAGAGAUGGAUGGGCUUCAAUGACUACAUCAAGUCCUGUCGCUUUAUUCCCCAUCACCAUGGUCAAUAUAAAAUGAGAAUCUAUGAAAAAGGAGACUUCCAAGGGAAGAUGAUGGAGUUCUUAGAUGACUGUCCCAAUACUUAUGAUCGAUUCCUUUUCCGUGACAUUCACUCCUGCAAUGUGUCUGAUGGCCACUGGAUGUUCUACGAGGAACCCAACUACAGGGGACGUCAGUACUACCUGAGACCUGGAGAAUACAGGAGAUUCAGUGACUGGGGAGCAUCAAAUGCCAGAAUUGGCUCUUUUAGAAGAAUUCAUGAUAUGUUUUAAUUAAUUUGGGA